AUGUCCCAAUCACUCCGCCCAUACCUCCAAUGCGUGCGCUCGUCGCUCACGGCAGCCCUUUCCCUGUCCAACUUCGCGUCGCAAGCCUCAGAAAGACACAAUGUCCCGGAGAUCGAAGCCGCCAGCUCGCCGGAAGUGCUGCUGAACCCUCUUACCGUAUCGAGAAAUGAGAACGAGAAGGUCCUGAUCGAGCCGAGCAUCAACAGCGUGCGGAUAAGCAUAAAGAUCAAGCAGGCAGACGAGAUAGAACACAUCCUCGUGCACAAGUUCACGCGCUUCCUGACGCAAAGAGCGGAGGCCUUCUUCAUCCUACGGAGGAAGCCGGUCAAGGGUUAUGAUAUCUCCUUCUUGAUCACCAACUUUCAUACCGAGGAAAUGUUGAAGCACAAGCUGGUGGAUUUUAUUAUCGAGUUUAUGGAGGAAGUAGACAAGGAGAUCUCCGAGAUGAAGCUCUUCCUGAACGCAAGAGCUCGAUUCGUUGCCGAGUCCUUCCUGACACCGAGUACCAGCCUCUGCAAACACGCGUACGACACUCCCUUUUCCUCCCUAGAGCUGUCCCGACUUCGCCCUAGCUCGACGGAAGCUAAUUUGAGAAUGUCGGCCUUCAGUCGCAACCUGUGCAGCUCCGCAUCACGAUCCCUCCGUCAGCGGUCAAGCUUUUGCGCAAGAGCAGUGAGGCCAAUUGCCCUCCGGACCGCACCUGCAAGCGCACACAUAACCGCCACCUAUUCCUUCUCCACCAUGACAUCCCUCAAGAGCGCUGCCCCGCCCGUCUCUGGCAAGCGUGAGUACGAUCCGGAGAUCAAGGAUGUGGCCAACUACAUCCACAACGUCAAGAUCGAUUCCGAGCUUGCGUUCGACACUGCCCGUUGGGUCUUUGUCGACACGCUCGGCUGCGGUCUCAAGGCACUAGAGUUCGAGCAAUGCAGGAACAUUCUCGGUCCUAUCGUCGAGGGCACCGUCGUGCCCAAUGGUACCAAAGUGCCUGGUACCAACUACCAGCUCGACCCUGUAAAUGGUGCCUUCAACAUUGGUGCUAUGAUUCGAUGGCUCGACUUCAACGACUGCUGGCUCGCAGCUGAGUGGGGUCACCCUUCAGACAACUUGGGCGCCAUUCUCGCAACCGCCGACUGGAUCACGCGAACAAACAAGAAUGGUGGGAAGCUCGGUAACGGCAAGAUCUUCAAGGUCAGAGAUGUGCUUGAGGCUAUGAUCAGGGCGCACGAAAUCCAGGGCUGCAUGGCACUGGAGAACUCUUUCAACAAGGUCGGCCUCGACCACGUUGUGCUCGUCAAGCUUGCAUCCACCGCUGUAGUCUCCAAGAUGAUGGGUCUGAACGAGGCUCAGACUCGUGACGCUGUCUCUCAAGCUUGGGUUGACGGCCAGUCCCUCCGAACCUACAGGCAUUCGCCCAACACCAUGUCACGCAAGUCGUGGGCCGCCGGCGACGCUUGCCAAAAGGCUGUGAACCUUGUUCUCAAGGUUCUUAAGGGCGAGCAAGGUCUUCCUACUGUGCUUUCUGCUCCCACUUGGGGUUUCUACGAUGUAAGCUUUGGGGGCAAGCCCUUCCAGUUCCAGAGAGGAUACGGUAGCUACGUCAUGGAGAACGUUUUGUUCAAGGUCUCGUACCCCGCGGAGUUCCACUCGCAGACCGCCGUCGAGGCUGCGCAGCGUCUAAACAAGAAGCUCAAGGCGAUGGGCAAGUCCGCCGAGGACAUUGAGAGCGUUGUUAACCGCACGCACGAGGCAUGCAUUCGCAUCAUCGACAAACAGUUCAAGGCCAUGGAGAAUUUUGCCGACCGUGACCACUGUGUCCAGUACAUGGUUGCCACCAUGUUCGUCUUCAACCGCCUCGAGGCGACCGACUACCCCGAUGACAGCGAGGCCGCCACCUCCGCGCUCGUUGAGUCCCUCCGCCAGCGUAUUAGCUGCGUGGAAGACCCGCAGUUCACCGCAGACUACCAUGACCCCGCCAAGCGCACCAUUUCCAACGCCCUCACUGUUAAGUUGAAGGAUGGCACUGUCCUCGAAGAAGAAGUCGUCGAGGCUCCUCUGGGCCACCGCUUGCGACGAGACGAGGCGAAGCCUGAGAUCCUCGCCAAGUACAAGAGACAUCUCGGGCCCCACUACCCUGCGGAGCACGUGAACAAGCUUGUCGACCUUGCCCAAGAUGGUAAGACGCUCGACAACAUGGACAUUGAUGAGUAUGUGGAUCUUUAUGUAAAAACUUAA